CUAACAUUAACUGACAUUUAAUACCAAAUUUUAAACAAAACAUAUGUUUUGCAAACGAUAUAUCAGAGAAAAGAUGGUGUAAUUAAUUAGUGAUUAAAAAAUUAAUUAAUUAAAUGACAAUAAAAAUGUCCAAAACAAUGAAAACACCGUUGAAGAGCAUUGUGACGAUCGUAUCGUUGAUAUCAUACCUCAACAUCGAUGGCAUCGCUGGCGGACUCUUCACAAAGAGCCCAACGGUUGAAGUGAAGACUACAUCCGGUUUUGUCAAAGGAAACCGAUUAUCCAUAUUCGAUGAGGAGAUUCAGGAGUUCUGGUCCAUACCAUACGGCGCGGCACCGGUCGGCAAAUUACGGUUCGCCAAACCCAAGCCCUACUCGGCCAAGGGCUUUCUCGGGCGAGGUACAGUGGACUCAACCAAACCAAACAGCACUUGCUAUCACGCGACGACUGUCGAGCAGAUAACAGAGUCCAGCGAAGACUGUCUGUCUCUCAAUAUAUGGGCAAAGGAUAGUAAGCCAAUGAAACCGGUGAUGGUGUACAUACACGGGGGCGGCCUAACCAUGGGCUCCAGCUAUGCGUUCAACGGCAAA